AUUGACUCAUCUAAAUAUCCCCUGCCCGGCCGUGGUAGAUACUGUUACGGGAGCGUUUUGGGAUGCUGGCGUCACAUGCACAUGCCUGUGGGUAUAUAUAUUUGAGGGCACGUGGCCGCUGGGAUUGCAACACCGAUCUGCGUGGGCUCCUCUCAGCACAGGGCUCCUCUCCCAUGCUGACUUCAUUCACUACAGCUGAUGGUACCUGUUUUCUGGGGAAAAAAAAAAAAACAAACCCAUGUCCCGUGGGAUAAACAGGUCGAAGGCCACGCUGCAAAGAGAGAGGUGGUCCAGCCGUUGCAACCAGGUUCAUCCAAGACCCAGCACGUGGUCCGGCAUGGAAGAAGCCGGUCGGGCCGAUGCUCUCGCUGUGCACGGGUGGCUGGAGGGCUCCUAAAAAGCUGUGCAUGGUCACCUGCAUUCAGGGCCAGAGAAAAAAACCUCCUGCCAUGACCCCGGGAAGGGCCGGGAAAGCCGACGAAGCAGAUACAGGUGGUCCUCACCGAAGCAUCGUGGGUGAUGGCGAACCUAACAACUCCUCCAGCCUGGACCAGAGUCAUCAACAGCUCCUUGGACCCAGGUGGCGCAGGGGACAACGACUACAAGUGCAUAUUUGAUGAGGACUUCAAGUAUAUCCUGCUGCCUGUCUCCUACGGCAUCGUGUGCGUGGUGGGGCUCUUUCUCAACCUGCUGGCCCUCUACGUCUUCAUCUUCAGGAUCAAGACCUGGAACGCCUCCACCACGUACAUGUUCAACCUGGCCGUGUCUGACACGCUCUACGUGGUCUCCCUGCCCCUCCUGGUGUAUUAUUAUGCCAUGGGGGACAACUGGCCCUUCAGCGUGGGCUUGUGUAAGAUAGUCCGCUUCUUGUUUUACACCAACCUCUACUGCAGCAUCCUCUUCCUCCUCUGCAUCAGCAUCCAUCGAUUCCUGGGCAUCUGCUUCCCGCUGAAGUCGUUGCAGUGGGGACACGUUCGCUAUGCCCAGAGGGUGUCGGUCAUCGUGUGGGUGGUGACUGUCGUCUGCCAGUCACCCGUGCUCUUCUUCGUCACCACCAGCGUGAAGCGUGAUACCAUCACCUGCCACGACACGUCCAGCAAGGACCUCUUUGGCCAGUUUGUCAUUUACAGUUCAGUGAUGCUGGUGCUGCUCUUCUGCAUCCCUUUCCUCAUCAUCAUCGUCUGCUACUGCCUAAUGGCCCGGAGGUUGCUGCAGCCCACACGGGGGAUCUCCCGGCUGUCCCGAUCCAAAAAGAAGUCAGUCAAGAUGAUAAUUAUCGUCUUGGUGGUCUUCAUUGUUUGUUUUCUUCCUUUCCAUGUCACUCGUACCUUGUACUACUCCUUCCGGAGCUGGGACUUGAGCUGUCGGACCCUCAAUGCUAUCAAUUUAGUCUAUAAGGUGACUCGUCCCCUAGCUAGCACAAACAGCUGCUUGGAUCCCAUUCUGUAUUUCUUAGCAGGACAACGAUUUAUGAAGUUUGCGGGCAACAAAAUGCCAGGGAAGCCUCAAAAUGAAAUGGCGCUGGGCAUUGUGCCCAGCAGUCACCUGGGAACUAGCAACGACACAGACACGUUAUCCAAGGAUGUGAAAUCCUAGCUCCGCUCCCGCACGGCCAGCAUCAUCUCCAUGACAGAUGGGUUUAUCCCAGGUGUGAAGGGAGGUCAGGAUGCUUCAGGGCCCGAGGCUUUUGGUGUUUGCAGUGCCUUGGCUUGCACCCACAUCAGCAUGGUCCGUGUUAAAUGCGCUCCUUUGCUUGUCGCUGUUUCAAACGUAUUUUUUCAGGAAGAUGCUGCUGUGGUUAUACACACAAACCCCGUAUCUCUGCCUCUUCGUCCAAGCCUGCCUCUCUGUUCAAUGCUGAAUGGCAUCUCUCCACCAGUGAGGCUGGGUGACCUCUAUCACGGUGGCCAAAUCUGC